AUGUCGAGCCCCAGUGUUAACGUCCAAGAUCAACAAAAAAUUAUCGCGUUCCUGCUUUUGAAGUAUCAGAAUUUGCUGUUGGAGCUUGGGGUGGUGCUCGAUGUAGAGGACGCGUCCUUGGAAGUUGUCGAGAAAGCUGCCCGAGAUGUCAUGGCCUCUUAUCCGCAGCCUCCGAGGGACGAGAGUGAAGAAGAACAUUUGCGUGAACUGAAAGGAUUAUUGCUGGAGUUUGAAGAUUGGAAGUUGUGUGAUAUCCGGGACAGACAGCACAUGUUGAUCUCAAGAUUCAGAAGUUUGCUUUUCAAUUUGGGAUGCAACGACAAGACAUGCAAGGAAGUUUCGUUGCCCUAUUUGCAGAAUGAGCUUGGGAAUCUCGAAUCGCGUGGUCAUUCACUCCGAUUUGUUUCGAACUUGAAGUGCAUUCUUCGGGACUUGAAAGCUUGGAGAAUGCUAUGUGAAGGCCGGCUCAGCGAGGAAAUGGAUGAUGUUACCUUUUGGCGCAAAAUGAGAUUUGCACCACCGUCUCCGAGCGAUGAAGACUCGGAUAGUGAAGGUCCGACACUGUGUCGCGACGCUCCACAUUGCAAUGACUUCGAUGAGAACUAUCCUCUGGGACAUGGAAUGCGAGAUGAUGCGCGGGAUGCGCUGUAG